CACUUUUCAAACGAUUCCACGAGUUUGUUGUCGCAAUCGGAAUUUAUUCAUUUACGUUCCGUCUUAUCGAGAUUUAUACAUUUUUUCCCUACGCAUGGUUGAACCUGCAUAACAGUGUCAUUGAAGGAACCUACAGCUGUGUUGUCCAUUCAAGGAGAUUAUAUGUACGGAAGAUAAUUAGUUGGAAGGAAAAUACUGACGGCACGACAUGUAUCGCACCGUUCUGAGAACAGUGCAUGUCGAAUUACUGCACAAACGGUUUUUCAAAAAAUGUGUACGGGUUCGAUUUGCCCCCAGCCCAACAGGGUAUUUACAUCUAGGCGGUCUGCGCACGGCAUUGUAUAAUUAUUUAUUUGCACGUGCUAAUGGUGGUAGUUUCAUUUUGCGAAUCGAGGAUACCGAUCAAUCUAGGGUUCUUCCCGGAGCCAUUGAAAAAUUACAGGAGGAUUUGUUUUGGGCUGGAGUCAUAACGGAUGAAGAUCCAAUAAGAGGUGGUCCUACCGGUCCAUAUGUACAGUCGAAGAGAUUGGAAAUUUACCAUGAACAGGUAGCAAAAUUGUUAAAAUAUGGCUCGGCAUACCGUUGCUUUUGCUCCGAACGAAGGUUGGAGUUAGUAAGACGUGAAGCAGUUAGGACCAAGCAAAUUCCCAAGUAUGAUAAUAGAUGUAGACAUCUAACAGAGACUGAGAUUAAUGAAAAAUUAACGCGAGGAGAAAAUCACUGCAUUCGAUUUAAGUUGUCAUCAGACGUAGAACCCUUUGAAGACAUGGUCUAUGGCAAAAUAACAUAUGAUGUUACUCGAAAUGAAGGGGACCCUGUCAUCAUAAAGGCUGAUGGCUUUCCUACUUAUCACUUUGCCAAUGUGGUCGACGAUCAUCUGAUGGAGAUAUCUCAUGUAUUACGAGGUGUGGAGUGGCAAAUAUCUACCCCAAAACACUUGAUGAUGUACAAAGCAUUUGGUUGGUUGCCACCACAAUUUGGGCAUCUGCCUCUAUUACUAAACAGCGAUGGAUCAAAACUGUCGAAACGACAGGGUGACGUCAGAGUCGAUGCUUAUAGAGAACAAGGAAUAUUCCCUUUAGCAUUAGUGAAUUAUAUAACGCAUGCUGGAGGUGGAUUCAACAGAAAGAAUGAUGGUCAACAUUGUUACAGUUACAGUGAACUGAUUAAACAAUUUGAUGUGAACCUAAUUAACGUCAACUCUACGAAGCUUUGGCCAGAGAAGUUACUAGAAUUCAACAAAUUAGAAUUGUUACAGUUACUGGAGAAUGAGAAAAAUUAUGAGUUCUUCCUCAAUAAAGUGAACCAGCUGGUUUUACAAGCGUUUCCAGAGCGUGCAAGCGAUGGAAGUUUGCAAUUACAUCCGGAUCAUGUAAUAGCCGUUUUAAAAUGGGCCAGCACCAGAAUUUCGAAGUUAAGUGAUUUGGUAGCGCCAGAUCUGGCUUUUGUAUGGGUGUUGCCAACAUGUGAACCAAAUAUAGAAAAAUCUGAAUUAAUAGAGGCUGUUAAAGUUUUGAGCGAAAUGUUGGAAAACAUCGACCCAAAUAAUUUUGACAAACAAUCACUUGGAAUCUGCCUAAGAUCUUUUGCCGAAGAGAAAGACAUACCUUUCCCUGAGUUUAUGAAAUUAUUGCGAACUAUACUCAGUGGUCUGAAGGAUGGGCCAGGAGUUGCCGAAAUGAUGGAAAUUUUGGGAAGAGAGACAACCUUAACGCGAUUGAAACGAUCCUUCGGCUGAAAUCUGAACACCUGUCUUUCUACUGUCAAAAUUGUAAAUAGAUAUGAUCGGGUUAUGUAAGUAGAUAGAUUACAUCGUGUAUAUCCGAGAGCAAAAAUGUACAUUUAUCCACGCAUUCCUACCUCUUGUAAUGUGUAAGUCUUCUGUAAAUAGCAUUUUGUAUCGGAGGUGUUAUUCAUACCGAGUCAUUGACAAGUGUUACCUAGAAUCUAGUAUUUGUGACAGUGCGACGUGCCCAAUGCAAUUUCUUAAGAUAAAGAUAUACUCCGAUCCCCUAGCUAUUCCGUCAGAAUUGACACACAAUUCCCUGGAGUUGAAAAGUCGAAGAACUUUAUUAUAAGUGAUAUUUAAAUACAGUGGAAAACCAACAGGCGUGUAUAUUAUACAGAUACUCGGGGAAUAAAUACACAACGUUCAGUCUGUCGAGCCUGAAUUGAAAGUGUGAAGAUUGAAAAUUGCAACGUCAAUAGAAAGUUACAUCGUAAUUGAAAAUACACUUGACAGGCGUUUUCAUUAAAA